CAGUUUUUCUUUCUUCUUCCGUGCUAUAAAAACCGAAAGUAAAAAGCAUUUUUAAUAUUACAAUCCGCAGGAGAGCCACGAUCAGUUGGUUGUGGAGUAACGGAAAAUAUUAUACCGUAGUUCGAACUUAACUGGAAAGGCUUACGCAAGCAAUAGUUAUCGAUAUUUUUUGAGUGAUUCUAUCAGUGAGCUCCGUGGUUAAUUUGAAUCUGGAAAAGCAGUGCGCGGAAAGAAAACCAAGAAAUCAGAAAUGCGGCCUUUUGGCAAUGAUAUCACAAACAUCCCGCCUAACACAAACGGCGACAGUGGCGGCGGCAACAACGAUCCCAAUGAUAAUAAUGGUAACAGAAACAACGCCAGCUCCGGGGGGCCAGACGGUGCCAGGUCCGACACAGAUGAGGGAAACACAAACGACCGGCCCAUUCCGGCGCACAUUGCCCGUAUCGGCGGCACAUACACCUUUCCCCCUAUAGCAGGUCAAGGGGUCAUCCGUGUGGUACAGAGAUGCGAGGACGCUAAGGAAAACCACAAUUUGGAUUUGUCCAAAUGCGAGCUAGUGCAAAUACCAGAUGCAGUGUACCACCUGAUGAGAAAUACACAAUUAAAAACCUGCGACCUGAGUGGCAAUGUUCUCAAGAGUGUCAUGCCCAAGUUCUCUAUGAAGUUUAGCGCCAUCACAGAUCUCAACCUCUCAGAAAAUAAGCUGACGAGAUUACCGGAUGAAUUUGCCAGCCUGAGCGCACUAGCUAGGCUCAACAUAUCCCACAACUCGUUUAUUGUUUUGCCGCAGGUGGUUUGGAAGCUGCCGAGCCUUACUAGUCUGGAUGCCAAGAAUAACGCCAUCCUGGAGAUCGACACCGACGAUGGUAUAGCUAGUGACAGUUUGGUUUCCGUAGACUUGCGCAACAAUCCGCUGAGUAGGAACUGCCGACGCAAGCUACAGGGUUUCCAGACUUCCUUUCUACUUCAUAUCUCCAAUGACGUCGACGACGAUUGGUAGCAGAGCCGGUAUCCUCCAGACACCCAUCAAAACCAAUUUUGUUAUCUUCACUAAGGGAACUCUCAUUACCGAGUCAAUCUUGGUCUCCCUAUUUGCUUAAAAGGGCUAAGCUCGGUAAGCCUGGAAGAAGUCCUUAGUGAUUUAAAAUAGUUUCGAAUAUGCAUUUUACGCAUAGGUAUAGGCAUAUUAACGAGAAGGGUGGCUCAUUUUCUACAUGCCAGCCGAUGUCUCCCAUACUAUCUAUUGCAAGAUCACCUGAAAUGAGUCUGAUAGAAUGAAUUUUUUUUAAUCUUUAUAUAUUGCUUUGCAUUUGUUUUCGUUCCUUAUAUUACUUUACUAUUUUACUACUUUACAAAUCAAAAAUCAUACUUAUGGGUUUACCCAGUGUUUCCAAUAUUUUGACGGUUAAAAUUAAUUAUAAUAUAUAAUAUGGCAGUGGUUUUUAAAAUGUACAAAAUUAGAGGCUUAAAGAAAAUGUGGUGCAUGAAAAUGAGAUGUAUUAGAUGCGAAUGUCAGAGGUUAAAAAUAAGAGCAUCAGGAAGUAAAAGGAUGGAAUAGAAAAAGGACCUUUUUUAUGGUUUUUGAUAUAUUGAAACAUAUGCAUCUGCCAUGAUUCACUCACUAUGUAUGAGUAAUUUUUGUUGAAAUGCCUUUUACAUCCCUUAUUAUCCCGCAUUGCGUAGUUUGUGCUACCGCUUUUUUUGUCACCCUUCCAAGUAGCAAAUAUUAUUUUAAAAUCACUUUGGCAGGUUUCCAAAGCUUACCCGGCUUAGCUAAUGUAUAUUUAAAAAUUUAUUACUUCUUAUAAAUAAAUCGUGCCAUUUAUACUUUUUUUA